UCCAUUGCAGGAAUAAAUAGCUCUAAACAGAGAAGCUGAGGUCUGCGCUCUCUCUCUCUCUCUCUCUGGAAUUAGUUUUUGUUCCGUAAAGGCGCACGUUAGCGAUGGAGCUUAUGUCCCAUUCGUCGGCCUUCCUUUUGCCCACUAUCCCGCCCGACCACCGCCCCUCGCUAACGUACGCACUGGUCCUGCUUAACCAACCCCUCCCGAGAUUCACUCCUCUGCUGUGGGAGUACGCACACCUCCAUCUCUGCGCUGAUGGCGGCGCGAACCGCGUGUACGAUGAAAUGCCUCUGUUUUUUCCUCAUGAAGACCCUUCCGAUGUUCGAAACAGGUACAAGCCAGAAGUUAUCAAAGGUGACAUGGAUUCUGUCCGAAAAGAUGUACUGGACUUUUAUUCAAACCUGGGAACUGAGAUAGUGGAUGAAUCUCAUGAUCAGGACACCACAGAUCUACAUAAAUGCAUAGCAUAUAUACGCGACGUCACACCAAACAUCGAUAAGUCAAACCUAUGCAUUCUUGUCGCUGGAGCACUUGGUGGUCGGUUUGACCACGAGAUUGGAAACAUCAAUGUUUUAUGCAGCUUUUCAAGCACGCGAAUAAUUCUUUUAUCUGAUGACUGUCUCAUUCACCUUCUUCCAAGAACUCAUCAUCAUGAGAUCCAUAUUCAACCCUCUGUUGAGGGUCCGCAUUGUGGACUCAUUCCAAUUGGGACGCCAUCCAGAAGCACUACAACCACCGGACUCGAGUGGAAUCUUGAUAACACGGAAAUGAGUUUUGGUGGUCUAGUAAGCACAUCAAAUAUUGUCAAAGAAGAAAAAAUAACAGUGCGAUCUGAUUCAAAUCUUCUCUGGACAAUCUCCAUUAAAAAGCAGUAGUGGAUAUUGCUUUUGAGAGAGGUAUCCUAAUUUCUCAUUGGAUUUGAUAUUUGUAAUUGUUAGAGUAUUUCAGGAGAUCAAUAGUCUAAGCUACAGUUGAAGAUUGUCAUCUACUCACAAUUGAAGACUGUUACCUAACUACAUGUGAAGAUACUCUGAACAAUAAUUAAUAAGGCAGAGUGUGUAACAAUAUCUCCUCUUUCUUCUUGUAUUUGAUUUUAUGAUUAGUAUUAUUUAUUUAUAUUUCGGAAA